AUGGGAGUCCAAGAGUUCUUUUAUUUACCAGUUCUCCUCUUCAGGUUGGUAUCGUUUCACUCAGUUGUUACUCAGUACCAACGUGAUACACGUGAAGUCUCCAUCUUUGGUAAGAUGCUUCAAAAACACAUUUUUAAAACAAUCACUGGAGCAGCAUUCGGCGAUGUGUGUUUGCGGGAAUGUUAUCGUGACGUCAGAUGCCAAAGCUUUAACUAUGUGUUCACCCAGGACAGAUGUGAGCUGAAUAACCGUACAAAGGAAGCUAGGCCUGAAGAUUUUGUACCCAACUCUGAGAGAUAUUACUUCAGACGAGAUAGGAAGAGAGCUAUCCUCGGAGCCAUUCCAGAGCUGUCUGCAGACUCGUGCAAGGAAAUCAAGGCAAGCAAAGGUGGACAAGCGGUCAGUGGAAUAUACUGGCUGAAUUUCAUCAAACCUGACACUCCUGUGUUGGCUCAUUGUGACAUGAUAAGCGAAGUUAAUUUUACGGCCGAUGGGAGAAGAGGACGCUUUGGCACUAUACAGACGUUCACUGUUCCACGGACCACCCGUUAUCUCAUCAAAGCCUGGGGUGCUCGGGGAGGAACACAUUCAUACGAUUAUGGAUAUCUUCCAGGAACAUAUUAUGGUGGAAAGGGAGCGUUUAUAGAAGGCAAGUUCAGACUGAAUAAAGGAACGGUGUUAAAUGUUGUGGUGGGACAAAGAGGAGGGGAUUCGGUGGAAGUAAAAGGUGGAUAUAGCACUAAAAAGACAGCAGCUCAAUUAGGAGUGUCCGUGGAAGACAAUGCUGGCACUGGAGGAGGGGGAGGAAGUUUUGUUUAUACUGCAGAUAAUGUUUUGUUGCUGGCUGCCGGAGGAGGAGGGGGUGCGUCUGGUGGAUAUAAUGGUGUGGAUGGUCAGGCUGGUUCAAAUGGCACCGGUAGUGUGGGGAAAGAAUCCUCACGAGUUCGAAAUGGAGGCACAGGGGGACAGCCAGGUGAAUGCAACAGUAACGGCGGUAACUACCAUGGAGGAGUGGGUGCCGGUUGGUUUGGUCAAGGUUGUACCCGACUAGGCUCCUCCCAUGGGGAAAGAGGUGGAUCACGCGCUCAAGGCUGGAUCGGAGGUCAAGCUGGAGGUAUGAAUAGCGGUAAUAACGGGGGCCCUCCACCAGGAGCAGUUGGUGGGUUUGGUGGUGGAGGAGGUGGAUCAGAGGAUAAUGGUGCAUCAGGCGGAGGUGGUGGUUACUCUGGGGGAGGUAGUGGUACCAGUUGGAAUCAAGCCGGAGGUGGAGGAGGCUCGUACUGUAAUGGCGAAGAUUGUUCCGGUUUCACUGGUGGGAACUCGAAUGAUAAUGGCCUUGUACAAAUUAUAGAAUUGUUGGGCUGAUUCCGAGACGUCUCUU